GGAAGGGAAGAGGGCAGAGAAGGUACUGGAAGGACCUCGCUUUGCCCCGUUCCUGUGGGCUUAGGCAGGACCCUGAGGAAGGGGAUUGUAGUGCCAGGCUCCUGCGGCUCUGGGCUCAGUUUGCUGCUGGCUGCUGGAGGAAACAGGAGCAGAGGAGACCAACCAGCACCCUGCACAGGCCCAGGACAGCGGCUGAGCGCAGAAGCUGAGCGCGGCUUUGGGGUCCCCAUCCCGCACGGGGUUGGCUGGCAGGCGAUGGUCCCACUCGGCAGCACCCCCCGAGCCGUCUGCGCUUCUGGCCGCGGCGUCUCCCCUCUGCGUUUGCUGAACCGGGGUCCCGAGUAUCUGCGGGAGCAGCUGGGGGGAGGCGGCGGUGGCCGCACACCCAGCGCCGUGGAGCGGCUGGAAGCAGACAAAGUGAAAUACGUCAAAUCGCAGCAGGUCAUCAACAGCCGACAGGAGCCGGCACUGCGAGGCUGCUCGCCCUGCUGUUCGCCCCGCGGCCGGCGACUUCUCGCGCUGCAGCAGCGCCACGAGUUCUGCCACGGCUCGGAUCUGAGCUGUGAAGGCAGCCGCAAGGUGCUGCCCUGUCCUUCGUCCCCUGUGCCGCGGAGGGGAGGUGGCAGCAGGCGUCUGCUGAGACCCGACUCGCUCGUCAUUUACCGGCAGAAGCGGGACUGCCCAGCGAUCAACAAGGAGAACACCAAGGGCUACGGGCUGGUGCGACGCCUCUUCCAGGGGCCGCUCAGGGACAAACCCCCCAGCUCUCCCCCGGCCCAAGGGUCGGAUAAAGCCUCCGAGAGCCCCAUGCUGUGGGCGUCCAUGGAACAAGCAGAAGAUGUGCAGACGCCGGGUGCCGGCAGCAGCAGCAGCAUCGUCCCGGUGCCUGGCAGCCCCGUGCCGCAGCCCCCCCACGCCUCCAGCCUGGCCCAGCCCCCCGCCUCCCCUGGCCCCAGCAAACCGGCACUCGGGCUGCGCCUGUCCCUGCCGCUUUCGGAGAAGGAGCGGUUCUUCAAUUACUGUGGGCUGGAUCGGGCCAUGGUGGAAGGGCUGGGGAAGGAACGGUUUGUGCCAGCGGGAUGGGAUGCUGCCUCAGCGCGGCUCCACAGCUCCUGUGAGUGGGAGCCCAGCCAGGCGUCAGGAUGCAGCGGUGAGGACGUGGGGCCAGGUGAGGAGGAGCCGGACGCACGGCUCUGCUCCGCCAUUUCGGUGGUGGAGCGCAAUGCCCGUGUCAUCAAAUGGCUCUAUGGCUGCCAGCGAGCUUGGGCGGCCGCCAAGGAAUCCACAGUCUGAAAGGAAGCACCCCAGCCAGCCGUGUGUGGGUCUAGGUGGAUGAUAACGGCCCCCUGCUCUUGCUGGAUGUGGUUUGGGGAGUGGCAGCACCCUGACACAAUGGUGCUGCUUGCAGGCCAGCAGGGACACCAAGUCUACCCUGAGCAGAGACAAGGUCUGCCCACAGAAGGGACAACUGCUUCACCCCUUGGAUAUGCUGCCCACCAAUAGCUGCUUUUUGAGGUGUGGGUGGGGUGCCCAGGGACUUUCUUUGGGUGAGUCCAGCCUAGCCGUGGUGGCUGGAAGGCUGCUGUUCCUUACUGGUCCCUACCUCUUGGUCUUCCCUAUUUCUGGUUGUGGUUUAGAAUGGCAGCUUUCUCCCCAUCAGCCUCAGUGGGAAAGGGGCUGCUAGGAUGGGAGCAGGACUCUAAUAAACAAACCUGUGGUUUUCUUCUA